AGUGGAGGCCCUUCGGCUGACUUCCUCGUCAAGGUUCGAUCCAUCGUGGAGAACGGCAAGCAAGUGCGUGAGUGCCAACUGAGGGAAGAAGAACAGGCUCAACCGAAGAAGAUACUUCGAGUUCGAGUUGGAGGAACUUCCAAGCUCCUCGCUCCUUCCUAGCUCGGCCUCGAUUUCUUCGAUUAACUCUUUUGGCAGGCCAGUCGUGGUGUUUGUGCUUGCAUGUAAAACAAAUUCUCAGUCCAGGGGACAGCUUCUCACACCUGGCGGUGAUUAACCAGGAAUCCGGCUUUCAUCAAUUAGGAACAUCGCGGAAAGAGAAUCAGUUCCGGGUUGUGAUCAAGAGUGGAACCAAAGCAUUGGUGUAUCAACUUGUGGAACCCUUUUGACCCAUGGAUUUUUGGAUAGAGACGUUUUACGAUGGACCUCUGACAGUGUGAAGUGCCGCCAUCCAUGGGCAUGGAAAUCAUCACUCUCGUGGUGACGCUCAUCAUCCUUAUCGGGCUUCUGGUCAGCCUCGUGUUCAUCAUCCGAUGCAUGGUCCAAGGCAAAACCUGCCCGUCCCGAUGUCGGAUCGACGACAAGACCGUUCUGAUCACCGGGGCCGACACGAGUCUGGGCGUGGACCUGGUCCGAGACUUGUGUCGGCGAGGUGCCCGAGUGAUCAUGGCCGUGACGGACACGGAACUGGGCCAGGAUGUGGCCGUCGAGGUCCGAGGGGAGACCAAUGGUGAGGUGAUGGUGGAAUACUGUGAUAUGGGAUCGCUGAAGAGCGUGCGAGACUUCACGACCAAAAUCCUGGAGCAAGAGUCGCGGAUCCAUGUGCUUAUCAAUCUCUCGUCUGUGAUGUGGUGCCCUCUGGAGAGAACGCCCGAAGGCUUCGAAAAGCAUUGGGGUUUCAAUCAUCUGUCUAAUUUUGUCAUGACCCAGCUUCUGAUGCCGCUUCUUCAUCGGGGCGCCCCGGACGCUCGGAUCAUCACCGUGUCCAGUGCCUGGUACAAGCGGGGAACCAUCCAUUGGGAGGAUCCCAACUUCAAUACCAGGAAGUACAACGCCAUCGACGCCUACAGCCAGUCCAAGUUGGCCAAUGUCCUCUUCACCCGGGAGCUGGCACGGAAACUCGACGGAACCGGCGUCAACACAUAUUGCGUCAAUCCGGGCAUGACGCAAACCGGCCUCGGAACCCACAUCGUUCCAGGGCUGGGCUGCUUCUGGCUGACGGCAGCCCUGUUUUGCUGGCUGCCCUGGCUCAAGACCUCGAAGAAUGCCAACCAGAGUAUCAUCUUCUGCGCCACUGAUCCGUCAGUGUCCGAGCAAUCGGGUUUUUAUUACAGCGAAUGUGGCGUUCAAUUAACCAACGAAGCGGCCUCGAAAAUGGACGAUGCCUAUCGACUUUGGGAAAUGAGCGAACGAAUGGCCGGACUCACUUCCUAACCGUGGGAGGCUUCAGAGGGAAGAGAUCGGAGAGAUCGGAGAGAUCGGAGGGACAGAGCAGCGCAACUACAUACAACUAACCAUAUACACUAUACCUAAGUACACUUCGAUAUACCCUUCUACAUACUACAUACUCACAUAUCAUAGACAGAGCACGUCGUGAUGAAUGGUCAUUCCCUCACCAACAUCAAGACGGAUUACUGCCAAUACUAGUAGUUGUCCGCCCAUCCCUCUAGCGGCGACUGAGCACACUGGAAUUGGAACAUUUGGGCUGAAUCUACUGUACCUCGUACCUCGUCCCUCCUUUUGUGUUCUAAAAUAUGAAAUAGAUUUCUGGCGAUGACGUUGAAACUUGUCGUGAUAGCUCAAUUCAAUCGAUCCCCUCAACCGCAGCAGCAGUCACAGUUGUUGUUGUUGUUGUGGAAUUCCCCGUCAAUCAUCAAUUUGGUUUUAUCAGCCGCCCACCGAAUCAACCAACUGCUGGAUGUGUACAUAUACAUAGUUCUGCUUCUGUCCCUAAAUACACGUACGCAUGUGCGUGCUUGAACUGAGUAAGUGAGCGAGUGAGUGAGUGAGUGAGUGACUGAUAUGAGGAUAUGACCUAAUUGUAAGCAUACGUUAGUUUCUGCAAUCAAAUUCAUUCUGGUGUCAACAAUAAUCCCCCAACCAUUCGUAUCAUAAAGCCCCAAGUCCACUCUUUUUCAUUUAUGUUCUACGUGUAUAUCCUGAUGCUGUACCUAAUUACUACGAGUACGACAACAUUGUCAUCGUAGUUUCUUCUUCUGAUUCGUUGACUCUAAUUUUUUCCCCUGUGAAAACUGGAAACAACAUUCAUUGAUGCACCUUGAGCCCAAAUAAAUGUUAAACCAUGCCAGCAA